CGUGGGGCUGGGCCAGCCUGAGCAUCUGGCUUUGCUGCCGCCUGGUGAGGCUUACGCUGUAACCGGAGGGGGGCAGACCCCUCCAUCCUAAAGCCUCUCCAGCAACGGCUUUGGAGAUCCUGGAAUUUCCUCUGGGCUCCAACCAGCUGUUUUUUCCGUUGAGGGUGGAGGGGCGGUUUUCCCAGCAAGACCCUUCCUUAGGGCAAGGCUGGAGUGUUGCCUUGGGAAAGGUGACGGCGCAGUGACGGGGUCGAGGGGGAGGGCAGCCUGUUCCUCCUCCCCCCACGCCUGGGAACAGGGUGGGAUCUCAGGCUCCCCUGUCCCAGUUGCUGGCAGCAGCGCCUGCCCUUUUGUCAGCCGCCUGGGCUGGAGCCAGGGAAUUCUAAGGGGCCAGAACCUGCCUAGAUGCCCCAGGGCCCCUGUGCCCAGGGCCAGCAGCCUGGGCAGGGUGCAACUGGGCAGCUCACGGCUCCAGGAUCUCUCGGGGCUCCACCGGGCUGAACGGGCCUCUGCAGCCCCUGCCUGUCCAGGAGCCUGGUGAGUGGCGACUAUUUUCCAAAGUUGGGUGUCUCUAGCUGUGCCCAGGGACUGACGGGCCGAGGACCCCAUCGGAGAGCCUUGGACACGCUAACCGAACGAGAAUGGGGGACGAGGAUUACAACACUUCCCUCACCUACGAUGACUACCCGGACGAUUUUGACCCCAUCAUGGUCCUGGAGGAGUCUUCUCCCCUGGAAGGCACAAUGGCCAGGAUCUUCCUGGUGGUGGUCUACAGCAUCAUCUGCUUCCUCGGGAUCCUGGGCAAUGGGCUGGUGAUCAUCAUUGCCGCCUUCAAGAUGAAGAAGACGGUGAACACGGUCUGGUUCCUCAACCUGGCCGUGGCGGACUUCCUGUUCAACGUCUUCCUCCCGAUCCACAUCACCUACGCUGCCCUGGACUACCACUGGGUCUUCGGGACGGCCAUGUGCAAGAUCAGCAACUUCCUCCUCAUCCACAACAUGUACACCAGCGUCUUCCUGCUGACCGUCAUCAGCUUCGAUCGCUGCAUCUCCGUGCUCCUCCCCGUCUGGUCCCAGAACCACCGCAGCGUGCGGCUGGCCUACGUGGCCUGCAUGGUCAUCUGGGUCCUGGCUUUCUUUCUGAGCUCUCCCUCCCUGUUCUUCCGGGACACGGCCCAUGUGCACGGGAAGAUAACCUGCUUUAACAACUUCAGCCAGUCGGCGGCCGGCUCUGCCCCGUGGCCCACUCACUCCCGCCUGGACCCCGUGGGCUUCGGCCGGCACACAGUGGUGACCGUCACCCGCUUCCUCUGUGGCUUCCUGGUCCCCGUGCUCAUCAUCACGGCCUGCUACUUCACCAUCGUCUGCAAGCUGCGGCGCAACCGGCUGGCCAAGACCAAGAAGCCCUUCAAGAUCAUCAUGACCAUCGUUACCACCUUCUUCCUCUGCUGGUGCCCCUACCACACCCUCCACCUGCUGGAGCUCCACCACACCGCCGUGCCCAGCUCCGUCUUCAGCCUGGGUCUGCCCCUGGCCACUGCCAUUGCCAUUGCCAAUAGCUGCAUGAACCCCAUCCUGUAUGUCUUCAUGGGCCAGGACUUCAAGAAGUUCAAGGUGGCCUUCUUCUCCCGCCUGGUCAAUGCUCUGAGCGAGGACACGGGCCACUCCUCCUACCCCAGCCACAGGAGCUUUACCAAGAUGUCAUCAAUGAACGAGAGAGAGACCAGCAUGCUUUGAGGCCCAUCUGGGAACCCCGAUGGACAGACACUCUGGCCUUGGAGGCCGCAAACUCUGCCUUCUUGAGACCAUGGAAGAAACCUCCCCAGGACACACUGACACCCCCUGUAGUUUGCAUGGUGUUGACUGGCAUUUUGAGCUGGGAGUCCAGGGCUUGGAACUCCUUUGUUCGAGUGGCCUGAUGGACUGGGCAAGCCAUGUCCUCUCAACCUUGGACUCUUUCCAUGAGGAUCUGGGGUCUGGGGGAGGCAGGGAGGGAGAAGAGCUCAGGCCCUCAAAGGAGGCUGACUGAAGAUACUCACCCUUGAACUUUCCAGGGUGAUGGUGCUUUGCGGGGCCUUAGCUGUUUGGGAGAUGGGAUGGUGCCAGCCCCUCGCCCCAGGCCCUGCUCGCACCUUGCCUUUGUUUCCUGGGGGCCGGGUCAUGGCAGGCAGCAUCAUCCGCAGUUUCCACCCCAUCCUGGGCCUGCCCUUCUUUCCCUGGUCCACCGACCCCGGCUGCCGGUGCUCAGAAUAAAGCACGCCAGGGCGGGGGGCCAGGGAAGGAGGGCCUGUCCUCCUCCUCAGCUUCCUUCGAGCCUUGCCCAAGUCAGCUUCAGGAAACAAGCUGGGGUUGUCCUGCAGGUUGAAGAGCGGGUCCAAGGUCUCAGUCACGGAACUCAGCGGAGCCUGCAGCCUGGGCCCUUGUCCUGUGCUGCUGAGAGGCAGGCGGUGGGGCCCGCCCAGGAGCAGCCCUGUUGCCGUUUCUCAAUGAGGCCUGACACCUUCCCGUGCUACAGUGUCAUUAUCCCACUUACAAGUGACAAAGAGGACGUUCCUUUUCGGGGUGGGGAUGGGGAGUAACUCACAGUGACACGCAGCUAGCCGGAAGCCAAGUUAAGAGGUGAAGCCAGCUCUGUCUGGCUCCAGAACCUCUGUUUUUUUUUUUUUAAUGGAGGGUGUAUCUAUUGAGAAUAUUCUAGACUCUCAUGAUAGCCUACAUUUACUUAGCAUGCCCUAUGCUAGACACUGUCCAUGUGUUAUCUCAUUUACUCCCCUCUGCCCCGGCAGGCCUGAGUUAGGUACGGUUAUUACUUCCCUUUAACAUAUGACGGAUAGCUGCAGCUCAGAGAGGUUAGGUAACUUGCCUAAGGGCGUCCAGUGGGUCUCUGCCAGAACCUGGAUUCGAAAACAGGUCUUUCUGGCUCAAAGAAGGCUGUAGAAUCAGGGUGCGGAGAGAGGCUUGGGGUUUUGACCAUAAAUAUCUAUUACUUGGCAGAUUCAUAUAAACCUCUUAAUAGCGCAUAA